GUGUUAUUUUGCACUUUUAAUGAGAUGAAUGCAUGCAUAGAAAGGUUUGUUAAUUUGGAUCAAAUCUCGAGAUUGUAAAUCAGAGUAACUCACUGCAACACCGUCCAUAGCGGUUUUAUCGCGAGACUAGCGCGGGGUGACUUGUCAGUUGCUGCUGUCAGAGGGCAAGGCCAGCCUGCAAGCAUGGGGAACAUUUUUGGCAACCUCCUAAAGCGUCUAAUAGGGAGAAAGGAGAUGCGGAUUUUGAUGGUCGGCCUGGAUGCAGCAGGGAAGACAACCAUCCUGUACAAGCUGAAGUUGGGAGAGAUUGUCACAACAAUUCCCACCAUUGGGUUUAAUGUGGAGACGGUGGAAUACAAGAACAUCAGCUUUACAGUGUGGGAUGUGGGUGGGCAGGACAAGAUCAGACCACUCUGGAGGCAUUACUUUCAGAACACGCAGGGUCUGAUAUUCGUAGUGGACAGUAACGACCGUGAGAGGGUGAACGAGGCCCGAGAGGAGCUGAUGAGGAUGCUGGCCGAGGAUGAGCUCAGAGAUGCCGUGCUGCUCGUCUUUGCCAACAAACAGGACCUGCCGAAUGCCAUGAAUGCGGCUGAGAUCACAGACAAACUGGGCCUACGCUCGCUCCGCCACAGAAACUGGUUCAUCCAGGCUACGUGUGCCACCAGUGGUGAUGGCCUGUACGAGGGACUUGACUGGCUCGCCAACCAGCUCAAGAACAAGAAGUGAAGCCAGGCUGCCGGGCAGGGGGACCGAGCAGAGUGCCGCGGUCUGAGCUGCACUGGUGGGCUCGCAGAGGGGAGCAGAGUCUGGGCUGGCAUAGCGCUUCCCACUGCUCCGCUUCUCAGUGCUUUCCCACUUUGCGGGACAAUGUACUAUGACACUUAAUAAAAAGAUAAAAAGGUAA